AUGAGAAACACAAAGAACUUGUUGGAGGAAUCUUACGUUUACUGGGAAGAGAUUCAAAACGGGACAUUCAAAUUCAACCGCAUAGAUGAAGAGGUGGCUGCACUAAGAGAGCUAAAGAAGGAAGAACUGAUAGGUUUAUGGAAGCCAGUGUUUGAAGGAAAUGGUGUCUGACAAAGACCAGGUCGCAUCACGCUUCACAGAGAUAGAAGACAUUGUGCUUUCAAGUGAACGAGGUUUUCUUUGACAGGUAUGUGCUUCGCAAACUGUUCAUAUCCUCAUUGGCGCUAAGGAUUUUUGUUCAGGUAAAAAAAAUUGGAAAGCUCCAUUUUGAAAUAAUAAUGUUUUAUCAAGCUUUCUUGACAACAUUUCUCUCAGUGAUCUAGCAUCUAUGAGAUUCUAG